AUGGAUAUAAAGACUGAUGAAAUGAUCUUGCUAUACAUUCUAUCCUUUUUUAUUUCUAUAUUCGUUAAUUUUCCUGGUGCCUCAUCCAAAGUCAUACUGGACCCUUUGCAACAUGAUAUUCAAAUACUAACGGCACCAAAUUUUGAGAGCUUAUUAUCAAAGUACCGUAUAAAUGGUGUUACAUCUGUCUUUUUCUACGAAGAUGACAAGAGCACUUUAAACGAGCUUCUAGGGUGGUACAAUGAAGCAGCAAAGGAAUUAAAGGGGAUGGCCAAAGUUGCAGCAAUAAAUUGUAAGGAGUUUAAAGAUUUUUGCAACAAAGUAGGUGAUAUUGGGAAGAUAGUCAUUUACCCGGUUCUCCCAAUUCCAAAAUUUGAAUUUAGUGGAGAGAGAAGUGUAAGAGGACUUAAGAGUCAACUUUUAAGGUACAUUCCCAAGGAUAAUGUGUCAAUGAUAGGAAUUCCAAAUGAACAAAAUUCCAAAAUAAUUAAAAUUGAAGACUUCCUUACUAGACAUAUUUCUGUUCCGAAAAUACUAGUUUUUAGUGAAAAAGAGUUACCCCCAACAAUUAUUCAUUCACUUGCGAACGAGUUCGAUAAGAAACUUUUGUUUGGUUUCAUUCCUAACUGUAAAAAGAGUGAAAUUUCUAUUGGAAUUGCAAGGAAGUUUCAAAUUUCAAGUUUUCCGAGCAUUAUGGUGUACAAAAAUACCUCUAAACCACCAGAGUUUUAUAAAGGUGAGAUCAAAUUCUUGCCAUUAUUUGAAUUCUUGAAUGUUUAUGCAGAGACAUUUGUAAUGGGAGGUGGGUUUUCGGAUAAUGAAUCUCAAGAUCCAAGCUCAAAACCAUGGUUGUUGCAACGAAUCCCUGAGUUAACAGGGCUCUCAUAUAGUGAUAUAUGUGGAAAGUAUAAAAAUUUAUGUGUUAUCUACUUGAAAAAUGGAGAAAUUUCCCUGGAGGAGCAAUCUAUGUUAGAAGAACUGCAGGAUUUGUUUACUCCUCAUAUUUCAGGUAGAGGUACAACAUUUAAAUGGAUGUGGAUGAAUAUUUUGAUUGAAGAAGAAUUCAUGAAACUUUUCAAUGAUGACGGUAAAAAGAUUACUCUUCCAUCUGCUGUGGUUUUAGGUACAAAUAAAAGACUUAAGUUCACGGUUCUCCCGAAAAAUAUCGAGGGAGAUCUUCAAGUUGCAAACAAGGAUACAAUUAAGGACUUUCUAGAUAAGGUGAUCGGUGGUGAUGCUAGAUUCACUAAUAUUAAGGGGCAGAAAUUACCUAAGUUUGCCGACAGAACACAGAAUAAGAAUGCGGCAUCAGAGAAAAGCAGAGAUGAAUUAUAG